GCACCAGACAAAUCCUUUACUAAGCUUGAUUCUAAUGAAAAGUUCAUGGUUAUGCUUAGCAUGUAUGGAAGCGAGAAACAAGUAACAAUUUAUGUGACAACAGAGAAUAACCUCGACUCCAAUAACCAUACUAACCAUUUGUGUGCCAACAGAUAUGAACCACACGAUGAGUAUGAUGCAGAACUUUGUCCUAGUGAAGAAAGCUAUCAUAGUCAUCUUGACUUUGAUAAUGAAGACAAUCUAAUGAAUGAUGAUGAUGUAGUUUACCCAGUUAGUAAGAAUAGUAUACGCAUGGAAGUCGACUCAAAAUUUGAAAACGUGGUUGAUUUUAGGAGAUCUUUGAACCAAUUUGCAGUCACAAAUGAGUUUAACUACUACAUUCAGAAAAGUGACCUGACACGAUUCACAACAAUGUGUGAAAACCUAGAGUGUGAGUGGAGAAUUAAUUCUUUUAUUACACAAGAUGAAGUUACCUUUGAACUUGUUCCAGAGGAUUUUGUUGAUGGUUGUCGUCCGUAUAUUGGUCUUGAUGCCUGUCAUUUAAAAGAAAAGUUCAAUGGUGUACUAGCUGCUGCAACUGGUGUUGAUGUUCAUCGCCUCACGACAAUCUAUCCCCCACCUUCGCUGCUCUGCUUCGCCAAGAAUAAUCACGAAUCAUUGUCAGGAUAUACUCAACUGCUGAAUUAA